AUGAAAUUUGUUGGUCUUUUCAUAUUAUUGAUCUCAGUAUUUGGAGGGAUAGCUCAGGGUAGAAUAAUCAAAUGUAGCUCGGAUUUGCGUCGCUGCUACAAUGAAUGUAUGGAAAAACACCGUACAUCAAUGUUCGGAUAUUUACGUCGAAAGUUAUGUAAAAACCGCUGUUGGUUCUCAGAUUGCCUACUAUAUCCUACUGGCGCAAUGGAAGGUGUGCAUCCCAUAGACAGGGUCCAUGGCUUCAACACAUGA